UGCUGGUAAACAAGUCGAGACAUAAACAAGCAGCGGACUCUCGCGCGUUUCUCUCUCCGGUGUGUGUGAGAGAGGGAGAGAGACACUCUCUCUCAGUGCAGAGUCGACGAGAAGAAUCUAGAAUGAUCAGGAAAGUUCUGAGGCAGAUCCUGCUGGGGGGUGGAGAAGAGGAAGAGGACGGUGAGCUGGUGGAGGACCAGAGCUGUGUGGAGCUUCUGGAGUGUGAAGAUGAAGACUGGAUCAUCAUCAAUACCCCAGAAGAUCCUCUGGAGAAUCAUCCUCUGGAGCGUUCCAGCGUGUCCGUGUACCAAAACCGCCUCCAGAGGGGAAACGAUGAAGAUGUUUCUGAUGGACAGGAAGCGUCUCCCAGGUGUGUACAGGUGAGGCGUGAUGUGUCGAGUCUCCUGGCGUUGUGGUGUGGUUCCAUGCUGUUCUCAGAUCAGAGGGCAGGAGUGUACACUGAGCGCAGGAAGCUGAGCCGCAGCGCCCUCAACAGGCAGAACCUGGUCAGGACUCGGUUCUCCAACACACCGCGCCGCUACGGGCAGUCCAAACGGCCGGGUCAGCGCCAGUACAACUACUGACACACAGCCAGUGUGUGUGUGUGUGUGUGUGUGAUGAUAGUACUCCCUCAGUCCUCUCUCCACUCCAGAUGUGAUGAGACACUUUUCCACUGGAGACUAGUGAAGCUCUCCUGUAACACACAUCUGUGUGACGCAUCAGUGUAAUCACUCACAGCAGAGGAGACGCGGACAUUAAUCACAAGUAACAUUAAAGCUUUUAAUGUAUAAGUCAGAAAUAAACGUCAUGACUAUAUUUGCAGUGAAGAGAACUUUCUGUGUGUGUGUGUGUGUGUGUGUGUGUGUGUUUUGAGUUAGCUGUAACUGAAAUACUCAAGUGUUAACAUGAAAUGAGAGUUUUUGAAAAACAAAGUAAACUUGCACGUGUGUGUGUGUGUGUGUGUGUGUGUGUGUGUGUUUAGGUGAAGGUCUAUUUUAUGCAUAUAGUUUUAUUAUUAUUAUUAUUAUUAUCAGAUGGAGGAAUAAGAGGCGUGCCCCAGUGACACACUGUUUUUAAAUGUUUUUAAUGUUUUGUUAUUUUGUGUCAUUUAUACUGUAAAUAUUUUAUUUUUAUGUCAAAAAGAUAUUUGUGAAAACCUUUUUCAAAAACGGCAAAAUAAAGAAUCAUUUUU